AUGAACUACGAAGAGGUAGCAGAACUGGAGAAUUUUCUGAAUCAAGCCUUCAUUUCCAAUCCCAGCGAGUCUCAAAGCUCCAUGGAGAUAGAUGCCAGUCAAGUGGUCCCUGACCCGAAUGGAAGUCAGUCUUUCAACGGAGAUCCAUCGCAACUGCUACCAUCAGAUUUAGCUUUCGGUGAAGGGCAAACCAAAAUGAGGAGUAGUAGUAUGAGUUCUUGGAAGAGCUGCUCAAGCCUUACCUCUGGUUACGGUUCGGACCAGGACACUUUGGCCGGUUCACCAUUGUAUAUCGAUAAUCCACCGUUGUCUCCGGAUCGUACCCUGGUUAAUUUGGAUGUCUUAGAGACGCUUGGUCCGACAGGUUAGUGUAGGAGCUUUUCCAGUUAGUGAUGUAAGAGAACUGCCACAUCAUAUUACGUUAUUACAGAUCAUGAUUUACUUAACGGUGAAGUAAUAUAUCAUUGGUAAGGCUUACCAAAGAUAUAUUACAGUUCAGUGACUUAGUAAUCGGAUUUAACCACAGCUCGCCCAAGACAUUUCCUUGAUGUUUUCAGUGAAAUGCCAUAUGAUAUAAAAAAAAUUCGUUCUUGAUAUAUCAAACUUAACAUUAAAUAUCUAAAACAUUUUGCUCGCCAUAAAAAAAACAUGUUAGUUCGUGUACAAAUGUAAUAAACCAUAAUCAAAACUUGUUGAAAAUAUAGUCUAAAAUUUGUCAUUGCAUCUGAUAUAACUUGUUAAAAAUAUAAACAAGUCAUAUAUAUUUUAUCGUGUAACACGUUUUCAGUGUUUCGCAUGUAAGUCAGAUAUAUUUUCAGCAAGUUUUAUAUACUGCAUGACACGUUUAAAUCAUUUUGAACAACUUCAGUAUUUUGUGCAACCACUUUAUAUUUAAAAUCAAGAACUGACAUUUUUGCACUAGUGACAUUAUCAUACGGCUAUAACUAAAAUUAGGGUUUCUUGUAACAAUUCUCUGGACUGUUAGUCAAUCAUAUAUACAAACUGUACGGAACUAAAAGCGAGAAGAGUUGUUUCCCUAAUUUAGCGAAUCAUUCGACUUUCGGCAAUGCAUUUCUCGGUGAUAAAAUGUACGGUUUGAUGUCGUAACCCAUCAGUUCCUUCUCUUGGUCAGUAAAGUUUGUGAUAUGUCUCCCCAGUUUGCACUACUUUCAUGCUUCUAUUAGCACCUUACUAUUACUGCCUUGCUUUGUACACGUCUCUCGCUUUUUUUCGUAAAUAUAUAAGCAAACUGUCAUUGAUCAAUUUUUAUUGAGGAGACAUUUUGUUUUGAAAUAUUCAGUUAUGACUCUACAAAAAAGCAAUGAUUCUAUUUUAUAUAUUAAGAAAUGUAAAGGGCAAAUUUUCUUCUAGUUAUUCCUUCUCAUGCGUUCAGAUAUGCAGUGGAACCUCGAUAUAACAAACCUCUAUACAAUGAAGUUCUCGGAAAAGCGAUGUAUUUGCUUUUUGCCUGAGUAAUAGUAAAAUGAGGCCGAAAAGAACUGAUAACGAAACUUCGUGAUACAUAUACUUUGCCAAUCCCUUGGCCCUUCGUUAUAUCGAGGUUCCACUGUAGUGAAAGUACGCCGAGACUGGAAUCUAGAAACUAUUACUCAGAGUCCUUACAUGCAGGCAACUUUGUUAUUGAGUGGUUGCUAAGAAAGACUGUGGGAACGUCAACAAACACAAGUGCUAUGAAAUACCAAUCAAUCAGUAUUUCAAACGCCGGUGACCACUCAGGAAACAGAAGAAUGAAAAUCAUGUCCAUUUUCAAGAUAAAAAUUGAAAAUAGUUAGACAUAUGUUUGGCAUGAUAUUACGGUGAUAAUUAGCAGGCAGCUUUUAAGGAAACUUUUACGUAGUUUAUCUUAUAUUUCCCACAGCCCAUGCAUACAGAACAGAAGUUUACGCACAUUUGUAGCAUAUUGAAAUGGUCUUUCCACCCAAAGGAGCUAGAAUCUUAGAGAACUUUCAACUUGCAUAAGUACUGCGCCUACUGAACAUGCAUGAAGAGAUUUCAUUUGCAUGGUCACACCAUACAGGAUUUCCUGUAUAGAAGUUAUAUUAAAUGUUCACAGCAUCUCUCAUUACUAUACUCACGCCCCGGGACUCACGCGAAGGACAAAUAAAACACAGCUGUUUUACGGUGAUUGGCUACAGCCGGUUUGGUUGGCAUGUACAGGGGACAGUAACACCUCGCACGAAUCAGUAAACCAUCCCUGCUGAUACUGAUUUAGGGUAUGUCCACACGAAUCCGGACAUUUUUAAACCCGCAUAUUUUUUAUCCGGAUUCGUGUAGACGGGGCAUUAAACCACUCUGAAGAGCGGUUUCAAAACAAUGCGGUUUUGGUGACCGGAUUUACUGGUUUCGUGUAAAUUGAAGGCUGAUUCGGGUAAAAAGUACGCCGUUUCAAAAAUAUCCGUAUUUGAAGAGACUUGGCCUUUAGAAAUGAUACAAUGAUAGUCACACGAAAUAGGAUUUCUCCCACAGGCCCCACAGAGCGGAACAUCUGCGACAACGAGAUUUUUACUCAAAUGUUUUUCAAUGCAUACAUCUAGAUAUUUACCUUUCGUUUAUACCACAAACUAAGGGAAAGAAAAUGAUCGACGUCCCUGUGGUAAUUAGGACGUUUGUGGCGGCUGAAUAACUUGCAAGCACUUUUUCGAUUCUUUUCCAGCUUGUAAUUCAAAAUCCGCUUCAUUUACGCGUAGUAUUUGGACUUCGGAUUGAGGAUUGUAUAGCCGAUCUAACUGCUUUGAACGAACUUUUCACCAGGAUUAACAUCGAUCUCUUCGUUUACAUAUGCCUAACAUACGAAUCAAACACCGUUCAAGUGAACAAGUGGUUUGGUAAAAGCAACUAGAAUCUAAAAUUCUAAACUUGAUAUUUUAGUCAAGUACUGAGAACACAGUUUUGGGAACUGCCUUCUCUAUUGUUUGUAACUUAUAUUAUUCAAUAAAUAUUGGCUGACAUCAUUUAAAGGGCAUGAUUUGCAUACCCAAUCCCGGCUUAAAAAAAAGCAAUCGAAAGUGAACUAUCUUCAGCCAGUCCUUUAUUACUUACUUCCUCAGUUUAUCAAUACUGUAGAAACAGCAAAAAUAGCUUUUUUGCUCGUAGAUUUUUGUUUGCAUGUGCAUGUCUCGGGCUUGAAACGUGGAGCAUGCCUUUGUUUAGUUUUCAAUCGUCUUGUGCAGGUGGCCGGCGCUAAAACUAACUAAUUAACCAACCCGAACUUGCUUAUAAGCAAAGGUGGAUUCUGACACGAAACGUUGUAUUUUGGCGUCAAAACUCAAUUGCUCUAGAUUCAAACUUAUCUAAAUUCGGCCGGAGAUUGGGCAGCUUUUAACUGAACUCCCUUCUGAUUGGCUGCCAGAAGACCAUCAUUGUCUGCCGUGCUAUGAAAGCCUGAAUGGAAGUCCUUUGUUGUUUUACACGGAACGUUACUGAACCUACAUACCCGCGGCUUAUUGAAGUUGUUUCUUAACCUACAUUUUGGGGUAUAUUAACACCGUUUUCUUCUUGAACGUGACGGGCUGAUUUUCAGUUUCAUAUCACAGACAAUCCUCCGAUUCAUCCACUGUGUUUGCUCACCGUGAUUAUGCUUUGUGGUAUCGCUGGCUUAAGACUUCCGUUCAGUAUGAUAUACGGAAUUGCUCAAGAAGUACAAGAAAAAACCUAUAUGUCUUGGAAGGUAUCAUUUUAUCUCAGUUCCUUUCCAUAAAGGCAAGCUUUUUAUAUUCUAGUGCUGUCUUAACAGUCGAGGAUUAAAGUUCUCGCAAACCGGUCGUUCAGACUCCCCCAUAUUCACGAGCUUGAUUAUCUUUUGUAGUCGACUACAACACUCUCUUGUCUUUCCUUCUCUCUACGGAAACACGUUAGGAAAACUGAAGGAUAGAUCAUAACAAUUGCAAUUGCCUAACAUUUUAUUUUAAUGGGCAAGCACCAACAUCUACCAAAUUCCUUUAGGGUUUUCUAGACAUAAAGCUUCUUAUUCAAGAAAGUAGUGCAUAUUAUACUUAGGCAUUUAACAAAAUGUGCGGCCUAAUCGGAGCCGUUCAGAGGACAUUAUGAGCUUUGAUGCAGGACCAUGCAAUUUGUUAAAGCGAGGAUGAAGGCGAACAUGUCCAAAAAAAAUUAAAAAAACUCAGUGGUUUUCAUAUGUAGAAGGACAAGAUUUUCAUUUGGAAAGCAAUGAGGAGUUUCUAUAUUAAAGCAAGAUGACCUCAAGCCUCGCUCUCACUUAAGAGUGGGAUACUCAGUACACAACUGUUAAAUGGUCUAUUAAAGCCGACUCCGUUUGAAAAGUGAGUUAAAGGUCGCUGCACAGGUCUACCAACAAAACACUUUUGAUCGAAAAUGCAGUCUAAUUUAUCCCCUCUGAUUUAUGAAGCAUGGCGCAAAUAACGAGAAGUCAUCAUCAUCAUCAUCAUUAUUUCUCCACACCAGAGGGCGAAUAAAACUGUCAUUAUUAUUUUUUGUCACAACUGCAAAUAUCCUUCAGGAUUUUGUUUUCUCGUGUAAAUUAUGGUGUUUGUUAAUAUCGAGCCCUCACUAGGAUUACUAACUAAACCUAAAAAUUAAAUGAUUUGAAUUAUGGCAACUGUAUUCAAAUGAGAUUAUCAUGAAAACAGCCUAUCAACUUACUUUUAUUCACUGAAAAUGACCUAAAGUUACUUACGUUUAGUCGAGACAACAACAACAAAAAAAUUGAUCGCGGUCAGUUAUGUUGAAGACAGUUUUCAUCUAAAAAAACAGUUUGCUGGUUUUUCCACAAGUUUUCACCUUACUCCACCUCCUGCCCAGAUCUUUGCCUUUUGAAAAUGGGAGGGGCAAAGAGUAGCAAGUGACGUCAGCCAUGCACCUGCCUAGUGCUCAUAACUUGGUGAUAGUCUAAGGCCCCAUCCACACUAAUGCUUGAAAACGCAUACAUCUCGAUGCGUUAAGGCCGUCCAUCCACACUAAUACCCUGAGCGUUUUCAUCGAAAACGCAUCGAUUUGAAAAGGCUCUUGAAAGUGGAUCAAAACGAAAACUCUAACAUGUCGUAUUAGUGUGGAGAGUCGAAAGCUGCCGAAAACGCAUCAAAAUGAAAACGAUGACCAAAAAUAUCGCAGGCGCGUGUGUUUUUAGCAUGUGUUUAGAGUUCAACUUACGUCACAACGUGCAAUUCUAUCGUUUUCGAAUGUUUUGGUGUGAACAGUCGAAAACGCAUCAAAACGGUGAUGUGGCGGCGAAUCGAUCGAUGCGUUUUCGAUGACUACGACCACGCAUACAUUUGAAAGUGUGGACAGGGCCUAAAGCUAUCCCAGAUCACAGCUUGUUUUCGAUGUUUCACAUUAUAAGAUGGACUAUAUGACACUCACUCUAGUUGUAUGGUCAGAGUGAAUUUGUUUUAUCAUAAUCAUCUGACGAGUAUUCUACCUUACAACCAAGCAAAGAAACAAACAAAAUAUAACGAAACCAAGAAACAAAAACAAAUCAAGAAAAAGUGCCGUGACGCUUUUUGUUUUGAGUAUCAGGUACAGGGUUUACUUAAGGGCAGCAGUCCCAUAGGCGUGUGGUUAUAUUCGUAUCUGAGGGGGCGGCGACCUCCUUCCCUGAAAACAAAAAACGUCAUGCUACAAAAACAACAACAACAGCAACAACAACAAAUUUUAUUGAACAUAACAAUAAAGACACUGCAAUACAAUAGGUAGAAUAAACUAACAUAAAACAAAGUAAGUAAAUACGACCAAAUAGCGAUUACAAAGAGAGAGACUAACAUGUGUUAAACAACUUGAGAUUUGGGUUCGUUGUUCUCUCUUUUAAUGUUAGCAAUAGUCUCAGGCAUAGUAUACGAUCAAACGAGACGUAUUAACGAAAGAACAAUUAAACAUACGAUUUAAGAAAGAGGGAAAACUUUACGGAGCACUGAACGCACCUUCGUCCAUCUUGGUUAGCUCACGUGACUCGUGAAGAGUCGUGGUACAAAAAUUAAUGCGUUUAAGUUGCAUAGAUGAGGAACAGACCGGAGCCUCUCCUGGUACAAACCAUUGCAUGGACCUCCGAACUGCUUUUUCUAGGAACAAAACAAAUCUAAUAUUAAAAAUGGUUGCUUGAAACCCCCUACAAACGUAGAAUUUCUCGACAACCUUACUGCGAACUCGUGCAAAGGAAAGCAAAUAAGAGACAAAAUUAUUCCUACCAUUUUCCCAUGUUGGUUAUCCUUUCUGUGGAAUUUUUCCACGAAGACUGCAUUCUGAUAUUAUCGACAUAUAUGAUUUAAAUAAAGCUUUUUUAAUAAUUUGAUUCUUCAGCUGAGGCGGAUUCUGGCGCAGACUGGAUGACAUCCUCACCUUUUACCUGGACCAAAGAGCAAGUACAGUGCUGGUUGAAGUGGGCCUGGGACUACUAUAACCUGCCAGGAGAAUGUGAUGCGGAGAAACUUGACUUAACGGGUGCCGAGCUAUGUGUCUAUACCUUGGAGGAAUUACAAAGUCGUUCAGAACAUGGAGGUCUUCUGUAUGAGGCCUUCGCCCUGUUGGAUAUUUCCCCACGGGGAGGUAAGAGGCUUUACUAGUGAUGCGAAACUUGUGACGUGAAAUAUACCUUACCUUAGAAUGGGAUAAUUCCCCACUCCAAAAACGUUAAGGGGAAUGCUUACAACCUUUCGCGGUGCAACGAUUUUGGGGAUCCUUUGAGUUGACAAUUAAAGCGUUAGUUAUGAUUGGAUAAUGGUUUCCUUGAAUACUAUCGACCAAUCAAAACUAACGCUUGUCCCCCCAAACGACUACACCCAAAGCUUGUGCCCAUUCUCCCUAAAGUUUCUAAAGUGUGCAAGAGGCCUUUUUAGCGAUAGUUGAUCACGAGAUCAACUUUCUGUAAACACGAAGACAGUUCGCUUUUGACAAAUUUUGUUUCAGGAACUGAAAACAUUUUUAGAAUUAGGUAAUUUUCAGCCGUAUAUCUCAAAAGUAGCGAUUGCAACGGCCGCUGACAGUGAGGAGGAUUUGUAUAGGAGAAACAACUCUUGCCAACCAGUCACGUCUGAAUUGUUUUCAGUACAAAUCCUUGUAAAUUUCGAAAUUUUCAAACUGUCGUAAAAUGUUUCCUUCAGCAUUAAGGGGGUUCAAAUCUCCUUCUUAUUCAAAAGAGACAAUUUGAGCCCUUAAAAUACGUAAGGAAAAGAUUUAACGACAGUUUUAAAAUUUCAAAUUACAAGCAGCAUAUAUAAACAAAAGGACAAACGUUUAUUUGUUCAUAAGUCCUAUCCAUCUGCGUUAUUACCAUUUAAAUACCCUUAUUUUUAAUUUUCUUUUUUUCCCAGAUAAUAGUACCUUCUGUGAAGGUAGGUUUGAGCAUUCUUUUUGUUUUUUGAAAAUACUUGACUAUUAUGUUACCUGAAUAUUUCACUGGUUUCACAAAAAAUAUCAAUAUUGACUUUCAUCACAUUUUUACAGGAAAAGUUGAAUCAUCAAGUGAUGAUUUCGAUCGUAUGCUUGCUAUGCAAGGUAACGUUUCUAAUUGUAUUAUAUAGGUGUAUAUGUUUUUUGUCCCAUACUUGAACUCCAUUUGGUUAAAACCAUUUACUGACUUUAGUCUACACUACACUACUCUCUACCUUACUCUGCUCUACCCUGACCUACCCAACGCUGUGCUGCCCUACCCUACCCUACCCUACCCUACCCUAUACUACCUUACCCGACCCUACCCUACCCAGUCUCUUUAUAAGCAGGGGAUCAGGUAUCUGUCUAUGCCAUGCUGAUGAGUCCUAACAAGGACGAAACAGCUGUCCAUAUCAUGGCUGCCACUGUCGGGGUGAUAUGGUUGUGCGCAUGCGUAAGGUAAUGGCCAUACCGCGGAGUUGGUAGUGUGUGCUUCAGUGCAUAAUUGUGGUUAAGUUUAUCGUUCCCGGAUAGAUUAUUGUUGAGCAGGAGCCCACAGAAAAGAGAGCUUUGAACCACUCAGUAUAUUCUUGAAAUCAUAGUUCCUGCUAGUUCAUCCUGUGAAACCAUUUAUCGCUUUUCUAAAACAAAUACUACUUAACCGGCAUUCAGGCUCUCAUUUUGUUCGGAGUGAAUGAUGGACUCAAACAGACAGGUAUGCUCCCCCAAGCGAGAUGACAGGUAUUUCCCGUCUCCAGGGUCUAAAUCCCGUAUUCCCGCCUCUUUUUCCGAGACUAGAAUCCAGCAUCCCGCACUUCUGUCAUCGCUAUCCCGGAUAUCGUUUUCUUUCCCAAUACCGAAGCCGUGCCCAAAUUUUCGCAAAUCCCGCUUCCUGGGUAGCAGUCAAAUCCCGUAUCCCGUUAACGUUUCUCGAAUCCUACACUGUGUUUUGGCCAAAUCCCGGAUUCCGGCAAUACUCUUCCAGGCCAUGUUUAAAAUGAGGAUCCACUUCGAAAACAAUUCAUUUUUAAGCAAAACUAACCAUGAUACUAACCUAUGAAAACCGAUGAUUUAACAAUCAAAGACUAACAUAGUGUGUUGUUCUUUUAUUGUUAGAUCCCCUAGCUUUUGCCCUUGAUGAACUUCCUAUGGAAGGUGAGAAACAGUCUAUACACAUAGUUUUAUACCGAGUUUUAUAGCAUCGUUAAUAUGAUUUGCAAAAGAGGCAGAUGAACCGGUACAAAGGUCAAUGGCUCGAAAGGCAUGACAGCAAGAUGCCUGGCACAUUUAUAUAGCACUGUCUUUACAAUAGAGACCAGUGGCCAGCCACCAUGGAAGGGAUAGGGACCCCACCUUGUAUAUACCCAUAGUUUAAUCAUCGAUCUACUACUAGUACAUGGCACUUGAUGAUGAAUAUUAUUUCCAAUUCCUUACGGCGUUUAGUUUUACUAGGGUUAGGGUAAGAUUGGUUUGGUUAUCUUCUUUUCGUAAUAAAGAUGUUUUGCUUUUCAGAAAUUUUCAAGGCAUCCCCCUUUGAUGGUGAGUAAAGUUUAAAUAUUUGUUUGGGUUUGUCAGUUGAGAGCCCCGUUUAAAGUUUCAGUUAAGAUAAUUUUUUUAGUUCAAUCUAGAACAGUUAGCAAACACUCAACGAUCCCAAAUGAAAAUGUAGGAAUCAGAUUCCUUUGAAAGGACUAAAAGAAGGACUUGUUACCAACAAACGUAUAACUGAAAUAACCGAUUGCAAUUGAAAAUUGCGUAAUUCACACAAGUUGGCAGUAUAUAAAUCAAAUUGGCCUCAUAUAUUUCUCAAAAACCUUGAUUUUUGACCGUAAUUGGACAUUUCACAUCCAAAAUGCGCCUUUGAAGAAAACGUGCUCAUUCCAGUUCAGUCCCACGUGACACCCAAAAAACUUAGUAGAAGCCGGUCUUUUUAUACGGACUGUAAGCUGUAUUUGCAGCAACAGUGGAGAAAUCAGGCCUUCAUUAAGAAAAACGAUUUUAUGGUUUUCAUCAUCAGACUGAAGCCACGAAGAUAGGCUGUUUCCUGUCGGUUUCCAGCCCAGGUUUUCCGACAUUAGGCAGGACAAUCGGCGGUUUUAUAAAAUAAAGAGGAAGUAAAAAACCCUCGACUCUUUUUUGCAGAUAAGGUAUCCUGUUACCUAAAAGAAAAAUUGACAUAACGAAGUUUGGCCGGUUGCGAAUAAUGACCGAAUACUGCGUUGAACAUGACCGGAAAUUUGCGUUGCGUCGGGAAACGUUCGUUCACAUUUUCCCGUUUUAUGUAUUACUGCCGGAUCAUUGAAAGAACUUGACUAGUACAGUCGUCGUUUUGAAUUUUUCAAACAGAUAAAAAGGAAGCCAACAUUACUUAACUUGCCUUACGCACUGCGAUCGUGCAAACAAUCACCCGCUUUUGAGAGUGAGACCCUUUGGUCGUGGGAAGAUUUGCAAUCGUCUGUCUUCGGUCCUUUCUAAAUCAGAGGGUCAAUACUACAACUGUUUGAAGGAAGUUAGAACAAAAAUCAGCGGCGUGUGAAACAAAAGCCGAAAUAGGCGAAUGCUCAUCUCGCAGGCCAUGAAAAUAAGAUCUACGCGAUUGAAAACGGAUGACAUGGAGUCAAAGAAAGCUCGGUCAUUCAGCAUAACCAUCGUUGAGUUUUACCUUCAAUUCAAGUCCAUUAUGGCUCUUGCUUCCAUUGAUUUUCUUAAAGCAGUCUGUUUUUCGUUGAUGCUGACAAUAGCAACAACGCUAAAAUAAUAGCAUCAAACAACUUUGCUGGUGAAAGAACUUUCGAAAUUUCAAGUUGCCAUGGCUACAACAUAGCUUGCGGAAAACACCCUUAAUUUUGGCAUUAGGUACGUGCUUUUAUCCAACCGAUCAUAAGAUCACUACCGAUGUGGUCAAUGACCCCUGUUCUUUAUGUAAUCAUUCAAGUACAAUCAUCAUCUUUCUCAUAGAAACGUUUCCACAGACCCAUCUUAAACUAUCGAAUAACCUGAAUGCAAACUCUGAGGAAGUCAGUUACAAUGUCCACUAUUAAAUCCGUAGCGGAGAAUUUUAACGGUGAUAUAGGAGUGAGAUGAAAUUCUCGCAAGUUACUGUUUUAGACUUAAUCUAAGGAAAAUGGUAAUUCUGUGUAAAUAGGGUCAUUUAGUCCACUGGGUAAUAUCAAAAGUUUUGAGACUGGUCUUAGAACUUCAAAAUGGGUGUCUGUAAUACCCACGUAGUUACGUACACUCGUCUACGAGGGUGUAUCGCGAGAACUUGCUUAGUUAUCACCCGUGUUUCAUAUUUAAUUAGUUUUUUCGCGAGGUCCGUUUGAUUGUUUUACCGAAGCAGAAUUCUGCAUAGCCAAUGUUUUUACUUCACGGAAAGCUUUUACAACCAUUUUCAAUUACAGUGAUAGUCAGAUAAACAAAGUGAUCAAGUUCAGACAGCAGUGAAAAAUUCCAGAAUGAUGAUUUUGACGUCAAGACGAGCAUCCCCCGCAAUUAUUUCAUCAUUUUUAUGUUAUUUGACAGUGGCGUAUUUUUAAAGGUCACAUUUUUGCAGGAAACAAAGCAUAAAGAUAUUUCAAAUUCCUUGUUUAAUUGAGCCUUAAUUCUACAUCUUUCCGCAAUGCAAAAACUAGAAUAUAGUGAAGGUUUUCUCAGCUUCCUCGUGGCUAUCAUCUGUUCUAUCCAGCGUAAAACAAAACUAAGAUACACACGCGCCUCCGGAUACAAAGAUAAGAGACUAUUGAACUUUGAUCAAAAGUUAGAAUAAACGAUGUGGAUCGGGACGUAUUAUUCAGUAUUAAAGAAGCUCCUUGUGAUGGAACAAAAAUAGUAAAUGUGUUAAAUUGUUUCUCGAUAAAAUCGUUUGUCAAAGUUGGAUGACUAAAUCGCUGAAAACAAUCUCUUUUAUUAUAAUUUUUAAAAAAUAAAAAGCAUCAGUUUCCGCAUGACUUAAUUUCCUCAUCGAUAACUGCACGUAGAUCACGCCAGUGGAAACCACGUGACCCUAACAGGCCGAACUGUGUUGGGGCGUGGGUGUACCUGACGCGCCCAGGUUGAUUUCAAUCACAUCUACAAUCUUUGCAAAGGAAAUAAAUGCAAAAAAAUUCGAGCGGCUUCUUGAAUAGUACCUCGAAUACACUCUGCGAAGGUUUUUCAGCCGCUCAAAUGCACGCAGCCGUUCUCUUCCUGCCCAGAAUCGGCAGUAAUGCAAAAUUAAAGUUCAGCUGUAACAAACAAGCAGAACAACAUUCCUUUGUUUCCGCAAGGAUACUGGAGCGCGCAACUCUGUGCUUUGUGACACACUUCCGGGUGUAGUGGAUUUAGUGUCUUGUGAAUCGCUAUUCUCUAUCACGGACACUUUCUGAUAUUCGUACUUUAUUGUAUUGGCCAUGACUAUAACCAGUGAUCGAUUGGAAAUUGCGAAAAAUUCGCUUUUGAAACCAAAUUACUCGGGCGAUACAAAUUACAGCUUGCUUAUUUAAAAAUGCAAAUAAUCUGUCUUGAAUGUCUUGCUACGUAAAUAGGCAAAACGUGAAAUUGAAUCUCAUAAGCGCUCGAACUCCUGACGGGGUAGUACUUUGGCUAAUUUGUUACUAUACCUGUUUCUCUUCCUAAUUUUCAGAUAAGCCAUCAGAUUUUUCCAUUACGAACUUAUAUACUUUUAAAUUCUUCUUAGAAGUCGUGAUACCUAAGCCGAACGAUUCUAAUUAGGGAAAGACAGGCUAAUGUAAUGUUUGACAACUCUCUCCCCCUCCCCUGUGUGAGUUUUCAGUUAUAAUCUGCAGCAUAUUUAUCGGUGGUUCCGUGGUUUGCUCCUGCAAGUUGAGUUACUAACAGGCGACCUUUCCGCUAGCUAUUCAAAAUCUGGAAAUGCCUUAUUACUGUUCUUUGAGAAUAUUUAGCAAGGAGAAAAAGAAAAGGCGACGACGAAGAGGUAAAUUGAGCCGAUUUGAGUGAUGUUUUUGCGAGUAUUAGCUACGAUUGUUUGCGUGAACUGGUCGUACGAUAAUUUGAACUUUUAUGAUAUAUUUACUGUUGGCCGCCGUUCAUUACUUUAGUUUGAUAAAAGUGUUAAGGUUAGAAUUAUAACUUAAAGCUAGCUGUUCGCGCUUUUCUUGCUUCGGAAUCAUUGUCUGCCGUUAGGAUUACAUCUUGGAAGCCGAGACGAACGAGACGUGAGUUUGUGGUGUAAUUUUUACCAACCAAGCUCCUUUGCUUCCUCAUCGAUUUCGCCUUUUUCAGCUCUUGCCUUUCACACAUUACGAAUGAUUUUAGCUCCAACUGACGAACCUAAGACUUUACUAAAACUCUUUUGUUUAUGUAGCCGCACAGAAGCCCAUUUGUACGGUCUUACAACGAAUGAAACCAGCAAAGUUGUUCGUUUCCGCGCCGCUGACGCGCCAUAUCCAGCGAAGAUGCAAAGCGGGCGAAUCGAGUAGCCAGAGCCAUCUAUCGCUAUUUUUACCGUCUACUCUAAGGGGAUUCAAAAAGUGAAUGAUACAAAAGCCUUCAUUGUUUCUUAAGGGCUAAUAAUCUUCUAAGAUGAAACUUAAGCGACGAAUUAGGGCACUAUACGUUUGUGAAUAUGUGUUGAAAGUUUCUGUGUCGGGCGGUCUGUAUUGGCAAAACAUACCAGAAGAUAGAUCAUCUCGACAUAUUUUCUGUCGAGUUAUUAUUACGCGACUCUGCUCUGCAGCUCGCGUCUUAUAGCGUUUGAAACUUAGCUAAAAUACCGAUUUUUAUUCAUACAGAGAAGUUUUACAACGGUCUUAUGUAACAUAACCAGCUUCACGAUUUUAUUCUGAAUGCCUGCCAUUGCUUUCCGCGUUGCGGGGCGCUAUGGUUUCCACUCACUCGGCAUUGAAAUGAACUAAAGCACGCACAUAAAUAAUUUUGUUGUGAAUUUGGUGGACAAUCCCAGGUUUAAUUCCUUUUCUUUCAUCUUUCAGACGAAAUGAAUCUUACAAAUGAUGACUCUUCUGUACCAGAAAGGGAUGAUCAAGGUAGGAUGGCUGUUCAAAGAAAAAAAAAAUUAUUUGUCACGUAGCUUUGAGUCAGCGCUCAGAGUCAAGGUUUAAUAUUUCCGGGAGCAAAAACAGCUCUCUCCAAGUUUCUUCCGGGAGCGUAUUAAAAGCAUAGCGCUCUUUGUUUGCUUAAGGUUAGACAUGUUCAUUAUGGUUAAAUGAUCGUAGUUAACUGACUUCAGUUGUUUUCGCGAAGGGUAUUUGAAAAUUUCUUUGUGUUUUAACCACAAAAGAGAUAAGUUAUCCUUCCUUGGUGUGUAAUUAUUGAACGGUCCCCUGUUUGUCUUUUCCUGUUCCUAAGUUACUAAGCAUAUCGUCAUAAUUUCAAGGAAAUAAAUUGAAUACCCAGCUAAUAUUUCGUUCAAGCGAAAUAUUUUUCGCGUUGUUUUUGUUUUUACUGUGGAAAGGUUUAGGAGGAAAUAUACGUGCGAUGAUAUGGCCUUAUUCCCAAUCGCUUUGCUUGUAAAUUGAAUUGUGCUUUCACAGAAUUUUCAAGUUUUUGCUGUAGGAAUAAUCAUUAAUCAGUGUUGUAUUUUUAUGAGUGAUUUUUGUUAAUGGGCUAUGCCUGCUAGCAAUGUAAUUCACUAUACACACAGCGUUGACAAGCACUAUUAAUUACACAAGUUGACGAACGCUCACUUCACAAGACAUAAGCAUUGAACACUUCCUUUUGUGUUGUAUAGCCAAGCUAUUACUUAAUCGUCGAAACUUGUAAUAAAGAAAUACAACCCAAAAUAAAAAAUACGGCAGGUUUCUCCUUUGUUCAGUGGAAGUAAUCCAAAUAAUGUUCCUGAUAUUAGAACAUGUUGAAGUUGACAGAGCAAACAUAAUUUUGCAAGCCCCUCUGAGUUAUUCAAAAUUCAGGAAAAGAAAUUUUAAGGUCAUAAAAAAUUUACGACUCGUUUCAAUGCGUAUCUAAUGCUGCACUGUAGACUUAACAGCGGCAAACAAACAAAUUAAAAGACUUCGCUGAAGUAAACUCAGUAAGGUUUCCGUGUUGUAUAUAACAUCUAUUUCCUCGCUGAUAUAGGACGCACUGUAUUUUGUCAGGUUUCAACUAAAGGUUGGGGUUAGAAUUUCCUGAAAGUUCUUAAAUAUCUGUCUCAUUGAAAACAUGGCUCCUUUCCAGAAAUGUCUUCCUGUUAAAUUCCAGGCUUUCUGGGAAAAAAAAGUAUAUCCUCGUGCUCCUAAAACUGGAAAAGUGCCUGGAGGAAGUACAUUUGCCUUGCACAUAAUUUAUUGCCUAGUCCUAUAUCUGUUGUAAUGAAGAUUUUUUCUGACAAAGGCUAUUUUUGGUUGAAACAAAGGGUCUUGCAUAUUAAACGGUUUUUAAGACCGUUAUACAAAGAGAAAAAAGUUUAGCAUUUAUCAAAAGCAAUUUUUGCAUUACAAAGGUGCUGGGUCCUCACUUGAGGAGCUAGUUUCCAUGGUAAAGUAGCUUUCUUUUCCAGAGAAUAUUUUUUGGUUGUGAUGCAAGGGGAGUUCGAACUUUAAGUUUGUAAAGUUAAGUAUUGCCUGAAACUGUAUGUUUUUUAAAGAUAUAUCAUUAUGAAAAAAAAAUUGAGUUCACAGUGGGUGGUAGUGUUUUGGGAUACUUCUCAAUAAGACUACCCUAUUUGGGUUUUGUAAAGAUUCUUUGGAGAAGGCAAAUUGUUCACAUUUUGCUGGUGUUUUUUUUUAAUUGGUAAAGAUCAAGAGUAGAAAGUGCAAGAACAGUAAUGAGAACAAAGUCAAAACAUAACAUUUCCAGAAACUGUGAGCGCCUAUCUUGGGGCAGAUUAUUCUGUUUAGGAAUCGCAGAAUUAACAUCUGCUUACUAACUAAGAUAAGUGUGGCAGGCCAAAUCUUGUUAUUUCCAAAGACUAUAUUUUUACUCCAAUUUUUCAAAUGUCCUUGAAAAUAGAAUGUUCAGUUGUAAAAUUAAAUUUUAAACUGAGGUCUGUGGAGGCAGGCUAUGCUUGAUAUAGUGGUGUUCGAGUUUUAUCAGAACUUUCAUUGUUUGUCCUGAAAAUAAACUUUACAGAAGCGAGCUUCAAAAAUAAUAAUAAUCAAUGAAGAUUAAUGUUUGAAAAAAUGCCAAUCUGCCAUAGUAUUUAUUCACCUUCAAACUUCAAAUUUGUCGACGGCGGUUUCUUUGAUGCUUACCACAACAAUUUUUUUUCCCCGUUUCUUCCUCGAGAAUCUAAUAGCAGAUAUUAAAAGUGAAAAACGCGGAAGUAGAUUCGAGGGGAAAGUCGAGGAAGGAAAAUUUCAUUGCAGCUUCAUAGAUUUUUCUUCGGCCAAAAAUAUUUGUUCAAGCGGCAUUUCAGAGAGUUUUGUGAAUGGCUAAUGUCCCUUUAUUGUCAACUCAUCAGUUCAUUGGAAGGCUUUUCGUGCAUUUAAUAAAUGUAUUUUCAGAUAGUUACCGACGAUGUGAUGUGAGUGGUAUUGCAGAAGUCACGAGAUAAGCGCAUGAAAAUCGAUUUCAUAAGCGAGCUAAACAACUCCCGCGUGACACUCACGAAUUAGAGCUUUGCGUGACAGUAAGUCACAUACAGCUCCCACCGUCGACUCAUCACUGACACCCAAAACCAUCGAUAAAAAGUAACACAAAUCCGAAUUUAUAUCGGAAAGCCUUUCACCCGCAUAGAAUACAGGAAAGUCUCAACGUUUACUGUGAAGAAGAAAUCUAUGGACACUGGAAAACGCCAUUAAAUUACAUGUUAAAUGCAUUUUGUUCAGACCAACCCGGCGUAGCUUGAACGUAGCGUGUACACUUAUGCUGAUAUUAAAAAAAUAAAACAAAAAAAUUAACAGUUAAAUCGAUUUCCUGCGACAGCGAUGGAAGGACCUUUCGGUGGGUAGUAAAGAAAAGAAAGGCGUUCGUAAAAUUGUGUCUUAAAUAUGGAGAGACUUUAAAGUUUUUAGGGAUUAUUUUGUGAGACCUUGCAAUCACUUUUCUGGAGCUUAAAUGGAAGACAAAAAGCGUAAGGUGUAGUGUUUCACUCAAUUCAUAUCCUUAUAGACCCAGGGGCAACUGGCCGAAAGUGCGUGAUUUUCGUGAAAGAAAUUAUUUGCUAAAGUAUGUAGUUGUUCAAAAUUUGCAGAUUUGUGUGAAUGUUCGUGAUAUCGGCCCAAGGUGAAGAAGCAGUCGUACAAAAGUAUAGGCUUCCGACAUUUUGGCGCUUUUGCUUGUGAUACUGUAUUGGAAUAAUGAAAGAAAGACACUAAGAUAGGUUUUAAAUAACCUCGGGGUUGCAGGUGAAUCGCAACGUCGCAAAAUUGUCGUGUUUUUUGUGAAACUUCGAUACACAUUGGUAAUUUUCUAAAGACUGUGGUUCUAGAAGGAAUGUUAACCUCUUCGUAGGCUCUUUGUGUUAACUGGGAUAUUUUUAUCUCGUUAUUUAUAUUUACAAUUUAUAAUGAUAUUAAAACUUCCGUAUAUGAGCCGUAGGAAUUCCACUGUCAACUAAGAUGGACUAAGCGCUAGUUUUUUUACGUGGUAACUCAACCCGAAAUACUCAGAUACUUGCUUCCCUUUGCUAUCUUCUUAACCUAUCUUCUUAACCUAUCUUUAGGCAAUAGUGAAAGCGACGAAGAGGACGUGUCAGUCCCAUCGCUCAGCUCACAAAACAGUGCCUUCGGUAAGUCUAUAAUUAUCCUGACAUACUAUGAGCUGUGCUAUCAAUUUCCUCAUUCGGUAAUGGGUAAAUUGAAAAAAAAUAUUAGCAGUAAAUUGAUUAAUAUUAAUUAGCCAUAAGUUAACUAAAACGCGAAAUUGAAAAAAGCAAUUAGCUGUUUAUUCUCCAAGCCUUCUAGUUUUUCAGGUGAAACAGGUGAUUGUUUGGCGUUAUCGCAGCGUUAACAACUAUUUUUUUCGAGAAGAUUGUAGAAUGUACGCUUGCAAAUUAAUAGCAGAAUCUUAAUUACAUCUACAAGAAAUUUCUUUCAGAUUCAAAUUAGACCCUUAUACAAAUUCUUAGUACUGAGCAUAUUAUCAUAUUUCUCCAUUGUCUAAUAUUUUUAUCUCGUUUAUGUUAAAAACUUUUCACAAUUCAGACUACUAUUUUGAGCUUUUCGUCGAUUUGACAAGAUUUUUAUCCGCACUGGAAACCUUUCCGACGGAUGAGAAAGAAGAUAGUUAAACAAGAGAUAAUUCAAAAACAACACACCGCAGAAAAUCAUCCCACUGUGCACCCAAACUAGAUUCAAUGGAAAUAACAACUUUGAGGUCAGAGCGACUAAAACUAACGCAUCUGAAGACUUAUUUGUUUAAAGCUGCCCCCGAGGAAGGUAAUUAACAUUAUCCUGGGCAAGGACACGCAAGAAUCGAGAAGCGUCUGUGGGAGGGGCGCCCGCUGCUAAUGCAUGUGUUGUUAUUCAGUUCUCUCUCGGGUUUAAUUUUAUUAUCUUUGUUAAUGGCUGUCCUUGUGGGUUAAUUGAACUGAUCAUUUCCCUGACUUGGGGCUAAUUAAAAAUGACCAGUCUCUUCGGGAAGCACUGCGGAAUAGUUGGAACCAGAGAUUACAUCCAAAGAUUCAAAACUUUGAGAUACCGCCAUUACAUUAUUUUUUUUACUCUUACCUUUUUAGCUCCCUCCAAGAGUCACGUGACGGCGACAGGCGCUCGUGGUCCCUUGCCCAGGCCCCAGCCGAGUAAGUAGUAUUUUUUUUCUGCGUCUUUUUUUAGUUUAGUUUGUUCUUUCCUCGUCAUAGUGACAAGGUUGAUACAAUACAAAACUGUUUAGAGACCUUUAGAUUCGAGGACGAGAAUGACUACGAGUACGAGAUUUAACUUUCUCUUCUUUAACCUUCUCAAAUAAUACUGAGACACCCCGGAAAGCUUCAUUGUACUUUGUUUUCUCCAGAAAAGUUAGCACUGUUAGCUUUAUUGAAGGAGGUUCAGUCCUCUCCCGAUCGCAAAAUGAUAAAACUUCUAACAUUUGAUAACUUGUUUCCGCCUCUACGACGUUCUUGCGAGAACUCGUAGUAGAAUGACGACUAUCACAUUUUCCCGCCAAAAUGACGCUGGUUUACGCGCGAGCACUACUUAGUAUUUGGAAAAUCUCGUACUUGUAGUCGCUCUCGUCUUAGAAUCUAAGGCUCUCUUUUGACUUAAACGAACAUACUGAAAAUGGCCGUUCAAACCAGUCACUGUUUAAUCCAUAGCGAAAUGGGUACAGCCGCCGUAUCUGACUUGGCGGCCUGAACGUCGUUUCAAGAAAAUCAAAUCCCAAGAACCGAAUUUCUUAAUCAUUUGAUAUUUAAAAAUAAUAAGCCAAGGUUUUGCGCCUUGCAUUAACCCUUUAAGUCCCAAUGGUGACCAACAGCAAUCUUCUCUUAACAAUAUCCAUAUUGUCAAGAGCAAAGUCUAUGAGAAUUUAUAAAAUAAUCACAAAGAGAAAAAUCUUUGAUCUUUUAUCAAAUUCUCUCAACAACGUUUUGAAGGAAAUUUAUGGUGAUUAGUAUGAUGAAUUUGUAUGUAGAUGUUAGGGCUUAAAGAGUUAACAGUGCACCUUGUUUUAUCCAUCAGUUCGCCCGUUGAACAUCCCCAGAGAUCUACCUCUGCAUUCUGCUACUCAGCAAAAUCCCACAGCCAAUGGAUUCUGUGCUUCCCGUUUGUGGCCGCCAAACGGCUGUUUUCCACCCUGCGUUCCCCCACCGGUAAAUGGCUUUCCUCACCCCCGGCUUCCCCAGAGGGGGCCCAUGGAUUUGCAACGAAAUCGAGACCUCCCACCGGUUCCGCCGCUGAUCAAGUCUCCCGAUCUGCCCUCUCCGACAAGUCCCAUGGAGAACUUCCCACAAACCCCACUGCAGACGCUUUCGUUUGCGGCGAGCUUAUUCGCCAAAAACGAUGCGUUGUUUGACGUUUCAUCGUCACCAUCCAAGAAGGAAGAGCGCAUGACGCGUGGUGGGCUUUACGAUGAGCCGUUCUCUGCAGGAACUCCUGCUACAAACGGUUUUUCUCCCCCGGAUGCCAAGAAACCCAAACUAGAUUUUGAUGUGCAUUCCAAGCACAGUAAGAUGGCAGUUAAUGGCGGCGUGCCCCCACCUUUGAGAGCAUCACCAGGCGAAUCUCAGGUGCCUUUCCCUGCGAAUCUUUCACCAAAAUCUUGUCCAGACAGUGAUGUGGAUUAUAAAGAAGAGAGAAUGUCUCCGUCACCACCGGCAUCCCCCUAUGUACAUUCGGCCUCACCCUCUCAGAGAGGCUGCGAUUCUCCUAUGACGCGUAGAAGGAACAGCACCAGUUCAACGGACUCCGGUACAGAAGAGGGGAAGGAUGGUAAGUUGAGGAACAUUGUAACAUGUUAAUUAAUUUGAUUUCACAUUGAAAUUUGAUUGUUCCAAAGGAAUGUUGUGCCACUGUUUGUCUUACCUCGUCUUGCAAUCAGGCCACCUUCACACGGGACGAAUACGGAUAUUUUUGAAACCGCUUAUUUUUUUACACUAAACCUUCCGUUUACACGAACUGAAACCACUCUCUGGAGUGGUUCACUUACCAUGGAGAGACUCGUGGCGAGUCAAGCCAUUUGCCAGGUUCAUUUGUGGCACACCUCCUGUGUUUCAGUGAGAAUAGUUAUCUUCAGUACUUUUGCUGACUUCUAAUGUACAGCUUUUGCUAAUUGAAGUCCUUAUUCGUCCAGGAAACCACAGCCGGAGCGAGUCUUCCUCGCCGAAGAGUUCCGGUUCACCAAGUGGAAAACCUCGCGUUGGCCGAAGAAAGCGUAAGUGAUUAAAAUGAUCUUACUUUCAAUCGUGCACACGCUUGUAAAAUGUCACGAAACUUUUCCUAUUCGUUUUAGAAUUACACUAAAAAAAAUGCUAUGGUUAACUCUCUCCUCGGCAUAGUCACCUGGAUCAGGUAGAGACUUGGAAAAGUUCCCAACGGUGUUCGUCUCAAAGACAGCUGACUGUAGUUUUCUUUUCUAUUCUGCUGCCAAGCCGCACAAUGCUUAUGAAAACUGCCAGUUUUUAGAUGGUUAUUUAAACCCCAGAAGCUUACUACAUGUCAUCUCUUUUCGUUUCAGAAACAAGAUCCCUGCACUUGUGGGAAUUUCUCAAGGAGCUUUUGGAAAACAAGGAGACGUGCCCGCGAUACAUCACUUGGAUAGAGCGAGAGGAAGGAAUCUUCCGACUGGUGAACUCGGGCGCAGUGGCUAAGCUUUGGGGUCAGCGGAAGAACCGCCGAAACAUGAAUUAUGAGAAGAUGAGUCGUGCUUUGCGGUAUUACUAUGAAAGGAAGAUUCUAGAGCGGGUGCCCGGUCAGCGGCUGAUUUACAAGUUUGCCCCAGACACUAUGAGAGAGUGUAACUUCAGCUUCAUGAAGAAGGAUGGCUGA